AUGGAAACUGAAAAAUCGUCCUCAUUGCUGUUCAUCAAAGAAGAGGAGGAGACUUUAGAGGAGGGUCUUACUGAAAACACAGGGGAAGGCUCUUCAUUUGUAGACCUAUUCUUAGAAAUCAAGGCAGAACCAGAAUUUUUUGACUAUGAUGAAUUUGAUGUGAACUGUUCAUCCCAGUCUAUUAAGUACGAAGACAGUUCUCCAAGCUGUGAUGAUGAAAGUAGAAGGAAGGUCUGUAUUGUAGAAGAAAAUAGAUGUGUGGGUAAAAGAGAUGCAUCUCCAAAGAGAAGCAACACAACAGGGAAACGAAUGACUUGUGCUGAAUGCCAAAGGACAUUUUCACAAAUGUGCAACCUUAAAUGCCACAUGAGAACUCAUACUGGAGAGAAACCAUUCACUUGCUCUAUAUGUCAAAGAAGUUUUUCUGAUCCAAGUGCUCUCACAAAACACAUGAGAACUAUACGGAGAGGAAACCCAUAUACCUUGCUCUAUAUGUCAAAGAAGUUUUUCUGA